UUACCGUAGAUAUGUAGAGUUAAGAUAAUUUUGUAACAAGGUAAAAUUGAUGGUUUUGUUGAACCGCAACAUUUUUAACGUUUCAUGUUGAGAAAAUGAGAUUUAAUGAAAUUUUUAUUUUUAAAAAUAAUACAUGGUGUGAGAUCUACAAUAGUAGUGAAUAAUGUGAAUGUGGUAGUUAUAGGUUGAUGUAAAAUAAAAUACUAAACAAAACAAAAUAAAUUUUUCAAAAAAAAAAAAAAAAAAAAAAAAAAAAAAAAACAAAAUAAAGAGCCCACCAGCCACUCCUUCAAACGUGUCCUACCAACUCUCUUCUAGAAGCAAUUAGGCCCACCUUCCACCUCCAACCUUCUCUAUCUCUUCUCUCUCCUCUCUCCAUAAAAGCCUUACAACAACUUCUUCAGAGACAAGAGCAGAACAAGAACAAGAACAAGAAGAAGGAACCAUGGGAAGAUCUCCCUGCUGCGAGAAAGAACACAUGAACAAAGGUGCUUGGACUAAAGAAGAAGACGAGAGACUCGUCUCUUACAUCAAAUCCCACGGCGAAGGCUGCUGGCGAUCUCUCCCUAGAGCCGCCGGUCUCCUCCGUUGCGGCAAGAGCUGCCGUCUCCGGUGGAUUAACUAUCUCCGGCCUGAUCUCAAAAGAGGAAACUUCACCCGCGACGAAGAUGAAGUUAUCAUCAAUCUUCAUAGCCUCAUUGGCAACAAGUGGUCUUUAAUUGCGGCGAGAUUGCCUGGAAGAACAGAUAACGAGAUAAAGAAUUACUGGAACACGCAUAUAAAGAGGAAGCUUUUGAGUAAAGGGAUUGAUCCCAACACUCACAGAUCGAUCAACGCAGGGAAAGUUUCUGAUUCGAAGAAAACAGAGGACCAAGUUGUAAAAGAUGUUUCUUUUGGGUCUCUGUUUGAUAAAACAGAAAAGUCCGAGGAGCAGAAGCAAAAUAAAAAACAAAAGCAGAAUCUAAUCAAUGGGUUAGUUUGCAAAGAAGAGAGGGUUGAGCAUCACCCAGCUGUUGUUGUUCAAGAAAUUUUUUGCCCAAAUUUGAAUCUCGAGCUUAGGAUCAGUCCACCAUGGCACAACAAGAAUCAUGAUGAUCAUACAAGAGAGAAAUCUACUACUACCUACACUGCAUCCCGUCUUUACGUGCAAAACGGCAUGGAGUCUAGUAGUGAUACUGCAAAAUGUCAAACAGAGGAUAGCAGUAGCAUUAGCCAUUCUUCACUUGACAUUAGUAGUAUUAGCAGCGUUGGUUAUGACUUCUUGGGUUUGAAUACGAGGUUUAUGGAUUUUCGGAGCUUGGAAAUGAACUAAACAAAAAACAAAAAAUAAAGUUGUAGAUCUGAUACUGCCUACUCUUAAUCUUGCUUUUACUUUAUUUUAAUGGUUUUCCUAAUCUUUGUACAUAAACUUAAAAAUAUUAUGAUCAAAUGUAUCGCCGUCUCAUUUGAUAAUGCAGACAUAUUAAUCAAGUUUGAAUUCAGUGUUUUUUUUUUAUUUAAUAGAA